CCUUCCUGGUGCAACUGCGGAAGUCCUCGUGUUUCCCCACAUGCGGACGAGAAAUGUUGACAUUAUUUAAGCCUUAAAGGUUCUCGUUUGUGCUGCUGUUUUAGAGUUAGAAACUCUGUUUAUUUAAAAAAUAUGAUGGACCUCGCUGCAAAAGACGUGUACAUUCAGAAACUGGCGAGUAAAUUGUUUUCCCAGCGCGAGAAAGAGCCACCGAAGAGACCUUUUGUUCAUUUUAAGGGUAAAAGUGAUGCUGAUCCUUCAAAGAAGAAGAAAAAAUUAAAAAAGAAGAAUUUUAAAGAGAAGUGCACUGAUAAGACUCUCAAACCCCAACACAGACCACCUCCUCCUGCAGCAGCUCAGAAAAGUCCUGCUGCAGCAAAUCCAACAACAGCACAGUCAACUAAAGGAGGGAAUGUUGACCGAAGCUUCUCUGCAGUAGAUGUGCUGCGUAAAAGGCUACAUGAAAAGAUUGAGGAGUCCAGAGGGCAGGGGACCCCAAAAGAUCCUUCAUCAGAAGACGUCCUAGCAAAGCGAGCAAAGCGAAAGCUGGAGCGGGAGCGCAAGAAGAGGAAGAGGAAAGAGUUUCUGAUGAAGAAACUGGCUGAAAAGAGUGGCCAGGAGGAGCCAGUGGAGGUGAAAAAGGAAGAGCCGAGUCCUCCCGCCUCAGAUAAAAGAACGAAGAGCUCUAUUUUGUUUAACAGUAUUGAGACGGUGGAAGAAGAAUAUGAAACUAAAAUGCAAACGAAGAUGAAGAAGAAACAGAGCGUUAAAGGCAACAUAACUCCGCUGACGGGGAGGAACUACAAGCAGCUGCUCAACCGGGUGGAGGCUCGCAAAGCGAAGCUGGAGCAGCUGAGGGAGAAGGAUGAGCAGAAGGCCUCUGAGAUGGAGAAGAAAAUCAAAUGGACCAACUUGCUUUACAAGGCGGAGGGCAUCAAAAUCAAAGACAACGAGGACAUGCUGCGCGCCUCCUUAAAGAAGAAGGAGAAGAUGCGCUCGCAGAGGAAGAAGAAGUGGGAUCAGCGAAGCGAGAAAGUCAUAGAAAAGAUGCAGCAACGGCAGGACAAGAGGAAAAAGAACAUCCAGAAACGCAAACAAGUCAAAAUGGAGAAUAAGAAAAACAGAGCGCGGAAGAAGGGCAGAGUUCUACCUGAGGAUUUGAAAAAAGCAAAGGUUUAAAGGAGGAGUUUGUAACUUGUGUUAUAUCUCUGUGGCAGCAGAACUGCUUGGGCAUGUUCGCCAAUAAAUGUAUUUGUUGUGUGAUAAAAA